CGGCGCCGCGUGGCAUGCUGGGAAUUGUAGUUCGGCGUAAGUUUAGGGUUUCGGGCGUGGAGGCUCCAAAAGCCAAGGUUUGACCUCAGCCUGCCCUUGCUAGUGCCCGGGCGAUUGGAGAGCCGUUAUUGACUGCCGUUAAGGACCGUUACCAUUUCCGACGUGCCACUGAAGAUCCUGGUGUCGCCAUGGGUCGCCGCCCUGCCCGGUGUUACCGGUAUUGUAAGAACAAGCCGUACCCAAAGUCUCGCUUCUGCCGAGGUGUCCCUGAUGCCAAGAUCCGCAUCUUUGACCUGGGGCGAAAGAAGGCGAAAGUGGAUGAGUUCCCACUCUGUGGCCACAUGGUGUCAGACGAAUACGAGCAGCUCUCCUCCGAAGCCCUGGAGGCCGCCCGCAUUUGUGCCAACAAGUACAUGGUGAAAAGUUGUGGCAAAGAUGGCUUUCACAUCCGAGUGCGGCUCCACCCCUUCCACGUCAUCCGCAUCAACAAGAUGCUGUCCUGUGCUGGGGCUGACAGGCUCCAGACAGGCAUGCGGGGUGCCUUUGGAAAGCCCCAAGGCACCGUGGCCAGAGUCCACAUUGGCCAAGUCAUCAUGUCCAUCCGCACCAAGCUGCAGAACAAGGAGCACGUGAUCGAGGCCCUACGCAGAGCCAAGUUCAAGUUCCCUGGCCGCCAGAAGAUCCACAUCUCCAAGAAGUGGGGCUUUACUAAGUUUAAUGCCGAUGAGUUCGAAGACCUGGUGGUCAAGAAGCGCCUCAUCCCUGAUGGCUGUGGGGUCAAGUACAUCCCUAAUCGUGGUCCCCUGGACAAGUGGCGAGCCCUGCACUCGUGAGAGUCUCGGUGCUGCCUCCACCUUACACCCACCACUAAGUCAACUUUCCAUCCAUGAAAAAAAAGACUCAGUGGUUGAACAUCAACCCUGGAAGGUCACAGGCUCCACUCCCUGUCAGGGCACAUGCCUGGGCUGUGGGCUCUAUCCCCAGUGGGGGACAAGCAGGAGGCAGCCGAUCUAUGAUGUUUCUCUCUCAUUGAUGUUUCUCUCUCUCCAUCUCUCUCCCUCUCGUUCUAAAAAAUCAAUAAAAACAUUUUUUUAAAAAGAAAGAAA